AUGUGCAAAAAGACACCCGCGCCAUCAGGGCCUUACUACAAUGCACAGCAGCCCAGAAGCCUGCGACAGCGACAACCCCAAGGAGUGUUCAGCAGGCUCAGAUUCACCAUUAGAGGAACACACAGACCUGUGACCCAAGUGGUAUAACUGGAGCAAGAGGCGUUAAUCCCUGCCACCAAGCUAGAUAUACACAACCUAUUGCUUAAAAUAAAGCAAAUGUUUGCUGCGGACCGAGGUCCAAGCAAUGACUUUCCGAACGCAAGCCUCAUAGGAGGAUAUAAUAGACCUAAGGCAAGAAGUACAGGGUCUCAGAGAAAGCUUCCAUCAACUCCAAUCCUCUCAUGAUGCUUUACUCACUAAGAUGGACCUUAUGGAAAACCGCAACUGGUGGGUAAACGUUAAGAUUAGAGGCAUUCCUAAUGCAGUCUGCCCAGCUGAAUUGCCCCACUAUCUGAGACCACUAGCCGCUACUCUGUUACCACACUCUUAAGUCAAAAAGCUGAUGUUUGAAAGUUGCUUUAAAAUCACUUAGGAGGUGGGGCCAGACAGAGCAGACGUAUGUUGGUUGUGUUCCUAAGCAAAGUCUGCUAAAUAGGCCUUUUCUGCCUGCCAUCUUGCAGUUUUCACCUCAUAAUACGCUUUAGUGCUAAGAGGGGACCCGGUACCGGAAUCUGUACUUUCCAAGCCCCGAACGCCUAGCUUAGAAUUUCUGGAGGAGUGGCGACAAAUGCAUCCAGGAUUUUCCAGUGAGGUACAACGCGACACUUACCUCCUUGAGAGGGAUCCUCUCCCUAACACCCAGCAGUCUCCUCGCAAAUCGGGGGAAAAGGCGCAAGAGAUCCGCUGGAGCGACCCUACCAGUUUGGGCAUAUCUACCAUGUGGUGGAUUCCUGUGUUUUUGUUUACUCACGAUGUUAUAGCCUACUCUUUCUGA